CGUCCCUCCCCGCCAUCCCCAGGUGCCGCCCGGAGACGCGCGGCGGGGCGGAGGCGCCGCGGGCUGCCGGCUCUCGCCGAGGGGGCGCCGGAGCGGGCAGAUGCGGUAAAGUGGGGAGAAAAAUUCAGCUGUAAAACUGCAAAUUGACCAUGCAUUGAUGAAGAAACAGCUGCAUGUGCUGGGAGGACGUAUGUCUCAGCUGUCCGUCUGCUGGCGACGAUCGCUGCCCAGAACAGGGCACAGAGGAACAACCGAUGGAGACGUGCAUUAAGUGUUAGCCUUCCCCAACAACUGCUGUCACAACCGGCACAGCCAGGAUAACGCCUCCACCACUCUAUUAAGGACUUUCCAUUUCACAUCCUUACGUCUGAUUUGAAGUGACGGUGAGAGGAAGCAUAAGGUAUCUCUCAUUCUGUUUGGACUCCUUGUUUACAGAAGAGUGAUGGAGAUGCUAUUAAGCACAAAAGGGAUCACCAUAUGCCUGUUUUUCUUUGUAUUGAGUUUGGCAGCAGCUAUUGAAAUACCAUUAUCAGUUGCACAGCUUCCAACAAUCACGGAGCAGUCUCACACCCAGGUUGCCUACCCUUUUGAUGAGGACUUCACAAUUAAAUGUGAAGCUAGAGGAAACCCACAGCCCACCUUUAACUGGACAAAGGAUGGAAAACCGUUCGAUUUAUUAUCUGACCCGAGGAUAGUUGCAUCUAACAACUCUGGAACAUUUGUGAUUCAAAACCGUGGAAUCAUCACCAGUUUUCAAGGGAAAUACCGUUGCUUUGCAUCCAAUGUACUGGGAACUGCCAUGUCAGAAGAAAUUGAGCUAAUUGUUCCAAGUGUACCAAAAUUCCCCAAAGAAAAAAUCGAGCCUCUUGAUGUGGAGCAUGGUGAUUCUGUGAUUUUGCACUGUAACCCCCCAAAAGGCAUCCCGCCUUUGCAUAUCUAUUGGAUGAAUAUCGAUUUGCAGCACAUUCCGCAAGAUGAAAGGGUCUCCAUGAGCCUUAAGGGAGAUCUCUACUUCGCAAAUGUGGAAGAAAAUGACAGUCGGAGUGAUUAUUGCUGCUUUGCAGCAUUUCCAAGGCUGAGGACAAUUGUACAGAAAAUGCCAAUGACGCUGAAGGUUUCCCGCUUUAAGCAUGCUAAUGACUCAGGCUCACCUAACGCUGCAGUUACUAAGGCAAACUUUAUCAAGGAAAGAAAACCCAAACUGCUGAUCCCUCCUGAAUCUGCUGGCAGUAGCUCAUCAGUCACUGUCAUCAAGGGAGGUGUCCUGCUCCUGGAAUGUAUUGCCGAAGGGCUCCCAACUCCUCAUCUAAGCUGGGUCAAGGUCACUGGAAACCUGCCCAAGGAUGAACCAGAAACAGAAAAUUUUGGGAAGAUACUGAAGAUAGACCAAGUGACUGCAGCCGAUGAAGGAACAUACGAGUGCACGGCCAGCAACCCCAUGGGGAGGGCGAAGCAUGAGUUCCACGUUCAUGUGGAAGAGCCUCCCCGGUGGAUAAAGGAGCCCGAAGGUGGUGUUUACAGCGUAGGAACAAAUCUUGUGCUGCUGUGUGAAGCUAUUGGCAACCCUGAGCCGACCAUUCAGUGGAAACUGAACGGGAUGCCCAUCGACAGUAGGACCUUCCGAGGGAGAAUCUCUGCCAGAGAGAUCAGCCUUACCAACCUUCAGCUCCACGACAGUGCUGUGUACCAGUGCGAGGCCAGCAACAAGCACGGCACCAUCCUUGCUAGCGCCAAUGUGAACGUCCUCAAUAUUGCUCCCUUAAUACUGACCUCAGAUGGUGAAAACUAUGCCACAGUUGUGGGUUACAGUGCCUUCCUGCACUGUGAGAUUUUUGCCUCGCCUGCAGCAGAUAUUAGAUGGACGAAGGAUGACAGCAUAGAGCCACUUUCAGCGUUGCGCUAUGAGUUAAAUAAGAACGGCACCCUAGAGAUCAAAGAAACGAAGAAAGAAGACUCGGGCUCGUAUGCUUGCUGGGCUGCAAACUCUGUUGGAAAAAGAGCAAUUACUGCUAAUCUGGAUAUAAGAGAUGCUACAAAACUUGUUGUUACUCCAAAGAACCCCCGAGUGUUGAAAUCACAUUCAAUUUUAUUGAAAUGUCAGUCUGAGUAUGAUUCACACUUGAAACACAGUUUUAAAUUAUCCUGGAGGAAAGAUGGAGAUGAGCUGCCAUUCAACAGCACGGAGGAUGGCAGGGUAAUUCUGGACAGGGAUACACUGUUCAUAUCAAGCGUGACACUGGAGGAUCAAGGUGUUUACAUGUGUGUGGCUAGCACGUCUCUGGACAGCGUCACCGCCACAUCGCAGCUGGUAGUUCUCGAUGUUCCUGAUCCACCAGAAGACCUUCAGCUCUCUGAAAAUCAGAACCGGAGUGUUCGACUGUCCUGGAAAGCUGGGGCCAGCCAUAACAGCCCUGUUAACGAGUCGAUUAUAGAGUUUGAGGAGAACCGGUGGGAGCCAGGGAGGUGGCAGGAGCUCACGCGAGCCCCGGGGAAUGACACCACAGCCCUUUUGUCACUGGCCCCGUAUAUGAAUUACCAGUUCCGUGUCACGUCGGUGAACGCUGUGGGAAGAAGCCAGCCUAGCAAACCAUCGCUGCGCUACGCAACACCUCCGGCUGCUCCAGACAAGAACCCAGAAAACAUCCGAGUUGAAGCUUCUGAACCAAAUGAAAUGGUGAUGAAAUGGGAGCCGUUGAAGCCUGCGGAGAGGAAUGGGCCGGGGCUGGAGUACAAAGUCAGCUGGCGGCAGCGGGGAGUCGAGGCGGACUGGAACGAGGAGAUGGUGAAGAAGCAUUCUCUGACCCUGCGAAACACUCCCACCUUCGUGCCUUAUGAGAUCAAAGUCCAAGCAGUAAAUAAUUUAGGAUCCGGUCCUGAACCAAACGUUACCAUCGGGUAUUCAGGAGAGGAUGUUCCAGAUGCCGCUCCUUCCGGUGUGUCGGUGGAUGUUGUGAACAGUACGUUGGUCAAAGUCUUCUGGUUCGGAAUACCAAGGGACAGAGUUCGUGGACAUUUAAGAGGCUAUAAGGUCAGUUGGUGGAAAACGAAAAGCAUGCUGGAUGGAAAAAGGCAUCACCCAGAGAAACACUUCCUAACAUUUGUAGGAGACAGAAACUAUGGGAUGAUUCCUGGUCUAGAGCCCUUCAGUGAAUUCCGCUUAACUGUUCUGGCUUACAACGCCAAAGGAGAUGGCCCGGAGAGCUCCCCCGUUGUGUUUGAAACUCCAGAAGGAGUCCCUGAGCAGCCACGGUUUCUAAGGAUCCUGAACUUUGACAAGGACUCUGUCACACUGUCAUGGGGACUUCCCAAGAGAGCAAAUGGUCACCUUACUGGCUACAUUUUGCAGUACCAGAUAAUAAACGAAACACACGAAAUCGGACCUCUGAACGACAUCAGCGUGGCAAACCGCUCCACGCUCAGCUGGAGGCUUUCAGGUCUCAGCUCCAGUACCAAGUACAAAUUCUAUGUAAAGGCUUGUACAGUGAAAGGCUGUGGGAAGCCGGUCACAGAAGAAGGACUAACGAUGGCUCAAGGGAGUAAAGGGAUCGGCAAGAUUUCAGAAGCAGUAAAACCCACCCAAAAGUUUCACCCCAUUGAGGCGCUUGAGCCUGGAACUGAAUAUACAGUUCGUCUAGUGACUAAGAAUUGGGUUGAUAACAAUAGCAUUUUUGAAGAUGUAAUUGAGACAAGGGGGAGAGCCUAUGCUGGCAUUUACGAUGGAAUUUCCACCCAGGGGUGGUUUAUUGGACUGAUGUGUGCCAUCGCUUUGCUCACCCUGCUGCUGCUAACUGUUUGCUUUGUCAGAAGAAAUAAAGGAGGAAAAUACUCAGUGAAAGAGAAAGAAGAUCUGCAUCCAGAUCCCGAAGCUCAAUCAAUAAAAGAUGAAAUCUUUGGGGAAUAUAGUGACAGCGAUGAAAAGCCGCUGAAAGGCAGCCUCCAGUCAAUUAACGGGGACAUUAAAGCCACUGAAAGUGCUGAUAGUCUGGUAGAUUAUGGCGAAGGGGAGCAUGGGAUGUUCAAUGAAGAUGGUUCAUUUAUUGGAGCUUAUUCUGGAUCUAAGGAAAAAGGAUCAGUGGAAAGCACUGGGAGUUCAACAGCAACUUUUCCUCUCCACGCCUAAAAUAUUAGCAAGAAUGAUUCGUGUUUAAUUGUGAUAUUUAUCUUGAUUAGUACUCCGCAGUUACCCCAUGUGAUUGGAAGCAGGUUGCCAAUUGAGCCAGUCAGGAACCUGACAUCCAGGUAAUACGAAAACAAGUCACUGCCACUAAAAGAUGAUUUUCCAUCCUAAUUUCUAGGUGUUUACUUCUAAUUAAAACAAAACAAAUAAUUCUUUACUAUACAAAAUGUCUUAAUCUUACCAAAACAGAAUUUCUCAGUGUUACAUCUGUAUACUUAACUGCUACUCCGUGUAUUUCUAAGGUUUGGAAUAUGUUUCUCUGUAUAGUAUUUUAUUUUUUUUUCCUGUAUGCCUGUGGUCACUUUGUACAUACAUGUAUAUGUAGUAUUCUCUCUUGUACUGUGGCCUCAGCAUUGUAGAGGUUAUAACACAACAAGAAAAUCAAACAAAACCAAGUAACUCUGCAAAGUGACACAAUGCAUCCUACUGAGAAAAACAAUAAUUUAAAAUACUGGAGAAAUAUAUUCUAUAUAUUGUAUAAUGUUUCAUAAAGAAAUAAACUGCUUGUGAUACUCUAGAAUUACUUUAGUGGUUUCAGCUGACUGCAAUUACCAAUACUUAGAGAUGCAACUUUAUCCACAGAAAAAUUGCUCUUAAAAGACAAAACUCUGGCCUUGUGGAUGAAUCUUCUGUCCAGUAGCUGGCACUAUUUCCUUAAAUAAGUUAAGCUGCAGUAUCUUUCCUGUGGCAAGGCAAAACAGGGUUCCCAUCCACCAUCAUUAGAAAGUAUUUUAAUUUGUUUUCCCGAGUCUCUGCAAGCUGCAUUUCUAAGCAAAACGCUUGUUGUCUGUCUCAUAUCUGUAUAUUUGUGCGCUAGCAUACAUUUCAUGGAGACGUUGUACAUAUGAUAUUAAUAUUGACACAAGUAAAAAUCAACCUUCUAUUAUUUUGAAAUGAGACACGUUGCUAGCAUGAAUCUGUAUAGCUGUGUAGGAAUGAGUAGAAUUGCUUCUCGUUAUGAGUUUGGACCAACAAAACUAGUUUUCAGAAGGAGUUGUGUGUAUACAAGACAUAGAAAUCUCACCUCUUUCUAGUGUCACAUCAAAUAGACCUACCUGACUUUCAAGAGAUCAUUUAUUUUCAAGCUACUCAUUGUUAAAUAAACAGAAGCGAAAGCAAAGAGAAAAUAUUAUGGUAUAGUUUCUUUUAUAUUUUGUUUACUGAAUGCUGGUUUAAAUCUCAUAAUUUUCUUUGCCUCUCCAACACUAACUCAGCAAAGCUGUACGGCACAUUUUUUUGGUCUUUUUGUAUUGGAAUCUCCUGAAUUUCUUUAAAAGCAUUUGUAUCUUUGAAUACGCUUAUUUGAGUAGAGCAUCGAUAUGGCUUCACUUCUUACACUUACAAAUGGCUGGCGCUUCAGUUGUAACGUUUUUUUAAAAUAGUUACUGCAGGAGGAAUAGAUCCUAAAAGCCAUUUUGCAUCGGGAGAGUAAUUAGGCAACUAUCCCCAAUGGCUCCUUCAUGGCCUCCAUUACUUCAAUGGAAGAAAGAGAGGAAGCAGGAAUUACUGACAUGGUGACGAGUUUCCAGGAACAGCUACACUUCAGACUGGUUAUUUGCCCGCAGAGGUGGGGGUUGUUUCCAGCAGUAACGCUGCGGUUCGCACACAGACCCCUGGGGCUUGGGCUCCUCCCCAGUGCCCAGUGCCUUCCCAAAGCAGUGGCCUUGAGAAGCUCGAUGCUUCUGCUUAUCUGUUCCUCUUUUUUUAAAAAAAUAAUUAUUUAUUUUAUUUUAUUUUAGCUUCUAAGGGCCUUUCGUAUAGCCUUCAGUUGGGAAAAGCAAACCCCAAACAGCCAGCCCAAAACCGCCAGUGAUGCCGUGUGUAUGAGUGUAAAAGGAUGAGUGGAAAUCUGCCCUGAGUCACAAAUCGCCCCACUCCAUGCUGGUGACACAAAUCAUUCACUUUUUUAAUUACUUAUUAAAGGGGUUUUUUCUGUCAUUCACUCAACCCAAAUGCUGGAAAAGUCCAAAGUAAUUUUCAUUUUUGAAAAAAAUCCUCAGUUUAAAAAGAAGGGAGUGUAUAAUUGGAGAAAUGUGAGAACUGGCAUCUGGCCAACAGAGACAUUUCACACCAGGAUCUUUCCCUGCUGGCUCUUGCCUGCUGCAGCCCAGACCAGGUAAAUCCUUGGGACUGAUUACAGCGGUGACAGCCUUUGCUGCAAGCUUGGGGCUGUUUGUGGUGUAAUUCCUUCAGGAAUCAUUCGCACUAGCGCAUAGGCAAGGGUCUUUGAAAAUAGGAGCGACGUUAGGGAGCCAAACUGGGGUGGGAUUCCCUGGAUCCCAGCUCAUGGGCGGUGUGGAGGGCUGGGGAGGGCUCUCCUGGUGGUGGCUGUGCCAGCAGAGCGCACCGGCCGCGGGGCACCGGCAUGGGCAGAGCUGUGGGCAGGCACCCGGGGGGGGGGGCAGGAUGCAACCCAUCCGCAGUCCCAGUCAGCCGAUUGCUUGUCCUUUGGGUCACUGCAGAUCAACUAGACUCCUUGUCCCAGAAAAUGCCUAUGCUAACAGACACAAAUUUCAAAUCAUAUUAUUGAGUGUCAAAUUAUCGAAUAAUGAAUAUAAAUCCCCUGUGCUAUCACUUGCUCUGUUGCUGCUAAGAGAUGUUUAUGACAUUCCUGUGAUGUGCUACUCAUCUGUGCCGGUAUGAGUGCUUUUUCUAUUAAAAUUUUAAUUCAGAUCCUUAAAUCUUAAUGUUGGUGUUUCAUGAUGCCUUAGGGCCUAAAAAUCAUGCAGUGACAAAAAGAUGUGCAGUGGAAUUUCUACAGCAUGCGCUGACUUUUGAGGAAUAUGCCCAAUGAAUAUUAAGCAAAUGGCUAAAACUCCUGGGGAAUCUCACUCAGCUGAGCUUUUUUCUCUUUCCCAAUAAUUUAUUUUGCUUUCCCCUCCCCCCCCCUCUGCUGGGGUUUUAUUUUCUAUUGUAAGGGUACCACUCAUACAGUGUACUUUGGAAAGUGCAGGACACUAAUGGUUUUCUAGAGAUUUGCUUUCAAAAGUAAACUAACUGAGCAAGCUUAGGUUUUCCUGAGCAGUUUUCUGUCAUUGCCAGGAGAUGGGCUGCAUUUUUUCUAGGGCAGUCUGUUACAGGUGAGAGGGAGCAUGGCCAUGUAGGCUGAAUAAAAAGUAUCACCAACUGUACCACAGUUCUGAAAUAGUAUGUUAAGUCAAGUAACUUUUUUUUUUUUUCUCCCCACUCUGGCCAGAAGUGUUUAUUGAAAUUAGUUGCUGGAAAUCUGUGCUGGUUUCAUUAAUGAAUGCCUAGCAGGGAAUUGCAGGCUGCCUGCUGGGAGGAGGGAGUCAGGGGUGGCCAGCCGUGUGAGCCUGCAGGCGUGCUGGGCAGGGAAUUAUUAAUUACCGAUGCCAUGGCUGUUAGCUUGGUUACAUUUGGUUACGCUGUGCCAUUACGUUUUGCUGGCAGUUACAAGUGUGAGAGGGGAAAUGACACUUGCAGAUUUGGUAUCUUAGUCAGCCCAGGAUGCAAUUUCAUCCAGCAAGGAGGAGGCAUUCCCCUGGCUCCAGGAAUCCUGGCUUGCGGAUUUAAGCAGCCUCCUCUGGAACAAGAGAGGGGUGGAUGUUUCUCAAAAAGUUGUGCAGUUUUAUCUGUGCAAAAGAUGAAACAAAUAAAAUUAAAUCUUCUAACUAAUGGGGAAAAAAACCCCUAUGUGAUAGCUCCUGUGCAAGUGAGCCAUUUGUGUUCACAGAGCAGCGUACCAUUGGUUUGGUAUGGACUGCAAUCUCAGACCUAAGUAUUUUUAAAUAUAUAUGUAUAUAUAAAAUGUAAUUGCACAAUCAAGACUUGUAGGAGUGGCCCCAGAUUCAUUUUCUGGUGAAAUCUGGGGGGUUCUUGAGACCAGGUCCCCAGAUUUUGCCAGAAAAUGAAUCUGGGGCCAUUCCUACAAGUUCUUGAUUGUGCAAUUACAUUAUAUAUAUAUACAAUAACGUAACAGCACCGGGCUGGGUAUCAGAGCCCUCCUGGGGCUGGAUCUUUAGGAAGGGCAGAAUUAGGAACCAAAUCAGAAGAUGACUUUCCCCUCUGGAUAAAAAUAUGUGUGUAUAUAUAAUAAAUUUUAAAACCUUUGCAACUCAAGUUUUAAAUGGAUCUAAUUAGCAUAUCAUGUAAUGAUUUGUGAUAUUUGUUGUGUUCUGUUCUUCUUACACCAAUUUUAAUGAGUAGCUCUUUUUCUGAUAACUGCUUCCAUUGACUGAAUGGGUCAGAGCCAAUGCACUGAGAGGUUUUAAUGAAAGUGUUCAGGCCGAGAUUAUUUUUGAGAUGAAAACAAAUAGUAGCACAAUCUUUCUAUGUAAAAGGGUGGGGAUUUGUAACAGUAAUUCCACAUGCAGUUUUGUAAACUGAAGUUAGAAUAAGAUUCACUGAUCCUUGCAUGCUUCUGAAAGGAAAUAUCAUAAGUUUUUAUAGUCAUUAUUUUGCAGAUGAGUGGUAAAUCUAGAUUACGUAGCUGUAAGCACGGAUAUAAAGAAAGGAAAUUCUUCAUGGCAAGAGCAUUUCCUUUGUUUGACAAUGGAUCAAGCCCUCAGCUGCAUCUCUGUUAACAUUUAGUAUUUCAAAAUAAGGCGUAUAAACCGUGUCGGAGUACCAGUACAUGUUUACAUUGCAGCUCUGGAUCUUUCAUGUAAAAGUCUUGAGUGGUCCGACUGAUGUGUUGGGUUCCAGGCAGGCACCAGCGAGUGGGUUUGAGCCAAAGCACUCUGUCUGUUUCGUUUGUAUUAUUGUUACUUUAAACAAGAUACUUUGUAACUUCAUGAGAAAAGAUCAAAGCAAAUGUGGUGUCACCGUUACAAUGUUGCUUUUUUGAGCAAAACGUUAGUGUGCAUUUAUUAAAGUUUAGAGAAACGUGUUGUACUGUAGUGGCUGUUUGUAUCAUGCAUAUGUGCACGUAUGGUUUUAAAAGAGAUUUCCAUUUUACAUGAAAUACAACUUUGCUAAUAAAAGUUUGACUUGAUGUAAUC